CAAAGAAACAGGGAGUCUAAGAUCUUUCAAAGUUCAAACUACGGUGGGGUGGAUUUUCUGUUUGGAAAACAGCCGAAUGUGGGGAUUUUCUAGAACCAAGUCGCUCAGGCCCCAACUUUAUGCAAAAACUUUCUCUUCCUCAUCAUCAAACCCGUUUCCCGCCAUUCCCGUUGAAGAUACAAACCCGAAUUUCCGCCAAACUGUGAAAUCACUUUCUCAGCUGCUAAAUCAACGCCCGCCCCUAUCUCAGGUCAAGCAAAUCCAUGCCCGACUGGUUGCCUCUUCGCUCUCUUCAGAUGCUUCUUUAACCAACUCUCUCAUCCAUUGCUAUCACUUCGCCCAAGACCUUUCCUCUUCUAAAGCAUUGUUCAGCAAAUAUCCCUUGCCCUCACCGCCAAUCUUGAUAUGGAAUCUCAUGAUCCGAGCCUACUCCAAGCUUCAAUCUUCUCCUGAACCCAUCCUUUUAUUCCGCGAAAUGCUGUCUCUUGACCAUGCCUGUCGGGUUCUUCCUGAUGAUUACACGUUCACUUUUCUCAUCACCUCAUGUUCCCGCCAGAUGUGGUUGACUCAAGGCGCAGCUGCCCAUGGGCUGGUGAUGAAAUAUGGGUAUGUCUCGAACUUGUACGUCGCCAAUUCGUUGGUUAACAUGUACGGAGUUUUCAAGAGAACAGGCGAUGCUUCCAUGGUUUUCGAUGAAAUGCCUGAGAGAGACGUGUUCUCAUGGACUAGUAUAGUAUGUGCGUAUGCAAAAAAUGGAGAGAUGUCCAAUGCAUGUCAAGCUUUUGAUAAAAUGCCAAUGCGUAAUGAUGUUUCUUGGGCUGUAAUGGUUUCUGGUUUUGCUGGAAGUGGCAGGUACAUGGAAUCCCUAAGCUAUUUUCGCGAUAUGUUGUUGUCUGGCAGCGAGCCUAAUGAGGCUGCUCUAGUUUGUGCCAUCUCUGCUUGUGCUCAGCUGGGGGCGUUGGAACAGGGCAAUUGGAUUCACACUCACAUUGACAAGAGUAGGAUACCAUAUACUUCCAAUGUAUCCACUGCUCUAAUUGAUAUGUAUGCAAAAUGUGGUAGGAUAGGUUGUGCAGAAUUAGUAUUUAAUAAAAUAACAAGCCCGGACGUUCACAAUUUUACGAGCAUUAUAUCUGGGCUGUCUAUUCAUGGCCUCGGUAAAGAUGCCUUCAAUGUGUUCAAGCGAAUGUUAGACGACGGAAAUAUCAGUCCAAAUGAGGUGACCAUUUUAGGAGUCCUAAACGGUUGUAGCCAUGCGGGCCUUGUGGAAGAGGGUUCCUAUGUCUUCUACAAUAUGGAGAAAGAAUGGGGAAUUGAGCCUAAGAUUGAGCACUAUGGCUGUUAUGUUGAUUUACUAGGCCGUGCGGGCUACUUGGAGAAGGCUUUUGAACUAGCUCGAAGCAUGCCGGUGCAACCUGAUAUUGUCAUAUGGAGGGCUUUGCUCAGCGCAUGCAGGAUCCAUCGCAAUUCUGAUCUCGGAGAGAGCGUCAUAGACUAUAUUAAGGGCCUUUUUGGCUCUUCUGCAUCUAGUGUAGGAGGUGAAGUGCUUCUCUCAAACUGUUAUGCUUCUCAGGGUAAAUGGGAGAGAGUCGCUCAACUGAGGGAGGUAAUGGGUGAGAGGAGAAACAAAAACCGAUCCAAUAUAGGAUGCAGCUGGAUUGAGGUUAAUGGUGUUGUUCAUGAAUUUCGUGUCGCAGAGAAGUUGCAUCCGCAGAUUUCCGAAAUUCAUGAGAAGUUACAGAAAGUGUUGGACAGGGCUCGAGAAGCAGGCUACGUUGCUAGCACCAUGCACGUUUCAUUCGAUCUUAUUGAGGAGGAGAAGGAGCAUGCCGUGGCCUGGCAUAGUGAGAAGCUGGCUGUUGCAUAUGGACUGCUGAGUAGUACUCCAGGGACUUGCAUCCGAAUUGUUAAAAAUUUGAGAACUUGUGUGGAUUGCCAUUCUGCUUUAAAGGCCAUUUCGAAAGUUUAUGAAAGAGAGAUUAUCGUGAGGGAUCGUUCACGUUUUCACAAUUUCAGAGGAGGAAGUUGCUCAUGCAAUGACUAUUGGUAGGUAGGUACUUUUACAUCGGGAGUAAGAUCUGCAAGUCUGUAGAGGUGGUUUCCCGGAUGCCCUUGGGGUUCCAGACCCAAUCACUCCUCUUUCUUUAUGGAACCAAGAUAUUAUUUGUGAUUUCUCGCUAAAAGAGAAGGUUCAUCCGCCGUUGGGGGGGCAUGUAAUCAGCGGAGGACCUAGGGGGGCAUGGGGGGCAAGCGCCCCCGCUUCCGGUCCCAGAAAACACUAGUACUACUUAGGUGAUGAACAACUGCCCCGCUUCUGAUAUGUGUAAAUAGUUUUUGUUUUUGGAUGAAUAUUUAGACUCUGAUAAUAAUGAAGUUGAUAUAAAGAAAUAUUGUUGCAUCUAAGAGGAAAUAUGCACAACUAUUUAAAAUUAAACUCAUAACAAUACGUUUACAUCUCAAAUAUUAUCUGAAUAGAAUAGUUUUGUCUCACUAUCAUUGCAUGAUAGUGAGUUACUUUGUUGUGCACUAGACAUAUAUCAUAGACCAUUAACUGCUUAAAUGAGAGUGGUUUCCCCACUAAAAUUAAGGCAUACUUAUGUACUCCUUCCAUUUCAUUAUGCGAAGACUUUUCUUUCCCUUU